UUGUUAUUUUAGUGAAGUUUGAAAUUUUGCAUUAGGUACUACAAUGUAUAGGCAAUUUUUUGGUGCCGACAAGUGAACCCUGGGCCUCCUAUGUGCCAAGCAGGUGCUUUGCUAGAGCUGCAGCCCCAGCUGUGUGUCCUACUUUGAGACUGAGGCUCCACUGGGAGCUCUGUGACAUGUGUGAAAUGAGAAUGUUUUGUUUUUCUAUAUGUUAAUUAAUGUCCAGGUGCUUUGGCAACAUUGUCCAAAAGAGUAUAUUUUCCAUUGAUUUUCCUUUGCUCCUUUGUCAAAGAUCAGUGGAAUAUUUCUAUACUGUGCCAAAAACCACUGUGUCUUGAUGAUUGUAGAUUUUUAGUAGUUGUUAACCCCAGGUAGUGUUCAUCCUGUGAAUUGAGUGUUCAUUACUGUGUUGGUUGUUCUGGAUCUUUUGUUACUGAAAACAUAACUUAAAAGAUUUUUUAUUGGGAUUAUAUUGAAUCCAUGAAUGAAAUUGGUAAGAAUUGAUGGUAACACUGAUGCGUCCCAUCUGUGAACAUAAAGUAUCUCCAUAUAUUUUCCUUGUCUCUGAUAUUUUUAUUAGAGUUUAGCAGUUUUUGUCAUACAGAUUUUUGUUAGAUUUAUAUAUUUCUCUUUUAUUAGUGGUGUGUGUUUGUUUUUCUUUUUUAUUUUGGUGCUGGGUGUUGGACUCAGGGCUGCUCUACCAUUGAGGUACAUUCCCAAAACUUUUAAUUUUUUGUUUAGAAACAGAGUCUUGCUAAAUUUCCCAGGGUGGACUCAAAGCUGGGAUCAUCCUGCCUCGGCUCCCUGAUUGGCAAGGACCACAGUCAUGGCCUCCAUGCCCAGCUUCAUAUUUAUUAUUUAGCUUUUUGUUGUGAUGGAUAAUGUUAAUUGGUUUUUCAAUUCUGAAUCAGCCUUGCAUGUGUGCUGUGUUCCUGGGCCCUUCAGAGGCCCAUGUGAGUGGAUCUGGGCCACUGGGCUUGACUUUCCACAGUAGUAUGCUGGUCCCUGGAUAAUGUUAAUUGAGUUUUAAAUUUGGAAUCAGUCUUACAGAGCUGUAAUAAUUUCCUCUUGGCUGUGGUUAUAAUUCUUUUAUUUAUUUUUGGAUUCAAUAAAGUAUUGCUUGAUGAGGAAUUUUGCAUUCAUGAUCAUGAGAGUCUUUCAUAGUUUUCUAUUUAAUACUUUACGUAAUUAAUUUUGAUAAUAUGGUAAAAUAUGCCAUAUAAAGAAUUAGAAUGUGGGCUGGGGUUGUUGCUCAGUGGUAGAGAACUUGCCUAUCAUAUACGAGGUCCUGGGUUCAAUCCACAGCACCACAUAAAUAAAUAGGAUAAAGCUAUUGUGUUCAACUACAACUAAAAAAAAAUAUAUAAAAUAAAGAAUUAGGAGGUUUUAACUCAAUUUCUGUUGUCUGGAAAUAACAGUAGAAAAUUGGUGGCAGGUCUUAAGUGUGUCAUGGAAUCCUGUUUGAGAUGUCUUGCCUUUCUUUUUUGGGGGUGUGUGGGUAGUAAUUAUAUAUAUAUUUUUUAAAUUUUUGAAAUAUGUUUUAGUCUUUCACAGUUAAAGGUAUAAUAAACGAUAUUUGUCUGCAGAAUAGAUGGAUGAAGUACCCUUUGCCACUUAGAUUUCAGUUUGCCUGGACCAUCAUUGCGAUCUGUCUCCAAGACACCUGCUAUCACUCAUACUUUUUCCAUGCUACAAAGAACAGCCCACUAAAGGCUUUUUUUUUUGGCUCCUACCAACCUCUGUUGAAUACUGUCCUGCUUCAAAUGUCAUGUGUCUUAAGUCCUUGAGCAUGGUUCUUUGUGAGUGGCAGGGUCAUGUUCUGGUAGGUGGUCCUUUUGGCUGUUCCACACUGUGCAGAAAUCAUAGCCUGCUUAGAGACCCACGUGGAGUGGCCUGUUUCACAAGCAGUCAGCGUGGGAUAGUUCAGGAUUCUGCGCUGCAAACCUGCUGCUUUAACAAACCCUGGAAGUGCUUGUGCCUGAGGUUUCCUUGCACCAGCUGUGCUACAGGAAUGAGGAAUCUCUUUGAUGACAGACCAUCAUUGUACAUGUGGCCUAUCUUUAUCAAAAUGUCCUUGAGCAGAAUGGUGGUGUGUGUCUCAUGACUGACUGUACAUUAUCUGAGUGAGACAUCUGCUGUUCAGAAGAGUUUGACAAUCAUUGGACAUUCAUGGUUGCCAUGAGGUUUGGGAAAGGAUUUUCUGCUGUAUGUUAAGAAAACCAUUUUUCAAACCGAUAUUAUUUUGAAGGCUGUUGUUUGGACAAGGUGACAUCUUGGGGUCAUCGAGUUUUCAGGGACACAUGCCAUCUUUCCACACACCCCAUUCUGCUUUGACAUUAACCACCAGAAAUUAUUUUAUUGUUGUCUUAACCAAUGUGCUUGAUAACUAAUUGGGUAAAUUUGUUCGGGAGUAAAGCACCUGCAAACUUAUAGUUGUCCUCAGUGUAAUCACCCAAGUUGAGCUCAGUCCCCAGUGAACACAUUGUGACAAUCUGUGUGGAAGAUUGUCUAACUGUUGUCUAUGAGGGAAACUCUUUAGUGACUCCAUACUCUGAGGGUGUGAGUUGGGGCUGAUUCUAGGCACUUCUUUAAGGAUGGAACAAUUGACUUUCAGAAGGAAACAGGAGAUCAGUAAAUACCAUGUUGUCUAUAUUAACUGUGUAGGCCCAAUGAGCCACUGUGGUUGGCAGGAUCUCUCAAAUGCUGAGUUUUGUGAUCCCAGCAAUUUCCUACUCAGUCAGCUUUCUUUUCUAAGGGUAAGUAAUAUGGAGAGUGCUAAUAUUAGCUCUCUACUGCACAGGAUGUUGGUAAGAAGGUGAUAGAGAUACAAUCAACAAAUAAGAUAAGGGUGACUCGGGAGCCCCUCUUACUUCCUGUGAACUCACCACAGGAAGGGUGUACAACACUCUAGUAUUUACCUUGUGUGUGGCCCAAUUCUACUGUUGGAGUGACUGUGAAGUAUUAAAUGCACUGAAGAUUUCAAUGACCAAAUCAUGGAAUUAAUCGGGAGGCCAGGGAAUCAUGUGAACAUCAUGCAUGUUGAGUAUAGAUUUCUCAUGCUGUCAAAUCUCUCCUGGCCUCCACUACACAUUUGUGAGAUAUUUUAGAUCUCAGUGACCUUUGAGGAUGUGGCUGUGAACUUCAUGCAGGAGGAGUGGGCUUUGCUGGAUGCUUCCCAGAAGAACCUUUACAGAGAUGUGAUGCUGGAAGUCCUCAGAAACCUGGCAUCUAUAGGAAACAAAUGUGAUGAGAAGAACUUUGAAGAUCAGAUCAAACAUUCUGGAAGCAAUGUAAGGCAGAUCACAUCUCACUAUGGACACGAACGCUACAAGCAUGAAGAAUGUGAAGAGAAGCCAUGUGAAUUGAAACAAUACAGGAAAUCUCUGGUUUCUCUCAAAAGUGUUCACACACAAAUGUUAACACAAACUGGAGAUGGACCCUAUGAAAAUACAGUAUGUGGGAAAGUCAUCAGUUGUUCCAAUGACAUUCAAAGGCAUGAAGAUUCUCAUACUGGGUGGCAACCUGAUGAAUGUCAACAAUGUGAUGAAGUCUCUUCUCCCACAGGUGUUCAAAGACACACAAGAACACAUAGUGGAGGUAAACCUUUUCAAUGUGAGGUAUGUGGGAAAGCCUUUCAUUCCCCCACUUUAUAUAGAAAACAUGAAAGAACUCAUUCUGGAGAGAAAUCCCAUGAAUGUAAAGAAGGUGGUAAAACCUUGGUUUCACCCACAAGUCUUCACAGUCACGUGAUCACGCACACUGGGAAAGUACUUUUUAAAUGUAACGUAUGUGGGAAAGACUUUGCUUACCGAAGUUUAUUUAGAAUACAUCAGAGAAAACAUACUAGAGAGAAACCCUAUGAAUGUCAACAAUGUGGAAAAUCCUACACUACUUCAUCUUACCUUCAGAUACAUGAACAAAUCCAUACUGGAGAGAAUCCAAAUGAAUGCCAACAAUGUGGAAAAGUCUUCACUACUUCUUUUUCCCUUCACAGACAUGAACGAACACAUACUGGAGAGAAGCCCUAUGAAUGUAAGCAGUGUGGCAAAGCCUUUGCUCAGUCCUCUAACCUUCACUCACAUGAAAAAACUCAUACAGGAGAGAAGCCCUAUGCAUGUCAACAAUGUGGGAAAGCCUUCAGUACUUCUUCCUACCUUCAGAUACAUGAGCGGACUCAUACUGGGGAGAAGCCCUAUGAAUGUAAGCAGUGUGGCAAAGCUUUUGCUCAGUCUUCUAGCCUUCACUCACAUAAAAAAACUCAUAUGAAAAAGAAACCCUAUGAAUGUCAACAAUGUGGGAAAGCCUGUACUACUUUGUCUUACCUUCAGAUACAUGAACAAAUCCAUACUGGAGAGAAGCCCAAUGAAUGUCAACAAUGUGGAAAAGUCUUCACUACUUCUUUUUCCCUCCACAGACAUGAACGGACUCAUAGAGGAGAGAAGCCCUAUCAAUGUCAACAAUGUGGAAAAGUCUACACUACUGCCUUUUACCUUCACAUACAUGAACAAACACAUUCUGGAGUGAAGCCCUAUGAGUGUAAGCAGUGUGGAAAAGCCUUUGCUAGAUCUUCUCAGCUUCACAAACAUCAACAAACUCAUACUGGGGAGAAGCCUUAUGAAUGUCAACAAUGUGGAAAAGCCUUUGCUAAAUCCAGUCACCUUAAGAGACAUGGAAGAACACAUACUGGAGAGAAGCCCUAUGAAUGUAAGCAGUGUGGCAAAGCCUUUGCUAAAUGCAGUCACCUUAAGAGACAUGGAAGAACACAUACUGGAGAGAAGCCCUAUGAAUGUAAGCAGUGUGGCAAAGCCUUCGCUCAAUCCCAUCAUCUUCACAGACAUGAAAAAAAGCAUACUGGAGAGAAGCCUUAUGAAUAUCAACAAUGUGGAGAACGCCUUGACACAUCCACUGAACCUCACAUACAUGGAAGAAUUCAUGCAGAAGAGAAACCUAAUGAAUACCAACAAUGUGGAAAAAUCUUCAUUUCUUCCUUUUUCCUUCACAGACAUGAAGGGACUCACACUCAAGAGAAACCCUAUGAAUGUAAGCAGUGUGGCAUAGCUUUCACUCAGUCCUCUCAUCUUUGCUCACAUGAACGAACUCACACUGGAGAGAGGCCCUAUGAAUGUCAACAAUGGGGAAAAGCCUUUGUUAUAUCCCAUCAGCUUCACUUACAUGAACAAACUCAUAUUGCAAAGAAAUUGUGCUGAUGAAAACAAUUGACAAAAGUCUUCUUUUAUCACUGUUCUUCUCAUCAACAUGUUGGAAGUUUACUGGAGAAAAAUUCUUUAAAUGUGAAAUGUGGUGAAUCAAUAUUUCUUGUCACCUUCAAACACAAAAAAAGGGCUCACUCUGCUGAAUACUGUACUGGGGAUUGUACUGGAGUUUUGGUCUGGUGGCACUCUACCACUGAGACACAUCCUCAUUCUUUUUUAUAUUUUUAAUUUUGAGACAGGGACUUGCUGAGUUCCUUAGGGUCUACCUAAAAUGCUGAAGCUGGCCUCAAAUUUGUGAUCCUUCAGCCUCAGCCUCCCAAGUCUCUGGGAUUAAAGGCAUACAUCACCACAACUGUUUAAAUGUGAAAAAAUAUGGCAAAUCAUUACAUUUUCCCUGUUGUCUUCAAAGCCAUUUCACUCACUGGAAAACAAACACUCUGAAUGGGGGCGAUUUGCUACACUUUAUCAGCUUCAUGUUCCAGACCUAUUUUUCUUGUCUUUUAUGAAAAUACUCAUGGAGAGAAGCCAUGUGAAGUGAAAAAUGUGGGAAAUCUUUUAAUUUUUGCAGUUUAUUCUGAGUACUAGAAAGAUUCUUUUGGAAAGAUUCCUGCCAAAAUGAAUAAAUCCUAUGCAAGUAAGAAAUACAAAGGGUUCAGAUGU